GAUACGAUAUGUCCGUCAUACACUUCCGCAGCGAGUUCGCGUGAGGAUCGUUACAUGAAGUCCUUCAAAUCAUCGUAUCGCGAAAAACGACAUCCUCUUGAAAAUUUAUUCAAUUUUGCAAAAAGAUGAUGAUCACUCGAAAUCAAAUUCGGAUUUUGGAAAAGAUGUUCCAGUACCGUUUGAUUAAAGUGUUUCAAAAUAUUUUCGAUCAUUGGAAUUAUACGAGUACGAGCAUCGUUACUUCGAUUGAACACCACAGGAAAAAAGCCACGUCGUUUAUUUUUGCAACUGGUAAUAUACAACUUCUAUACGCAGCUGCAAUUCGACGAUGAAUUUUUUUUUUUUGAAUCAACAUUUUCAACAUUCAAAAAAAGAUGGCAAGAUCUUACGAGCUUCAUUCUUACGACGACGAAUAUAUUUCUUUAAUCAUCAACACUUCGAAAUUAUAUGGAAUGAAAUAUAUAGUAUUCGUAUACGCCCAAUCGAUAGAAGAAAUGGAAGUGACAACAACGAUAUUCAAAUGGACUCGUGUACUAUCUCGUGAAGGUUUUACCAUUUCGAACUUGUACUUUUCAGAAUUAAAGGAAUCAUCGUGCUACAUAAAAAUGCGAAUUGUACAACCGUAUUACAUUCCAAUUAUAUCUAGUUACAACGCGAUUAAACAGUUCUCCUUAGCAACUACUACUAUCGACAUGUCUUACGUUGUGUGGCUUGUGUUAUUCGUUUACAAUGGAUAUGGUUUUGAUUAUUGUCACAAUCCACCAGGUAACAUAUUUCAUUUAAAAUUCAAUUCGGAAAUGUUGGUCCGUUGCGGCACGGAAAAUACUUUAAACGAAUGGUAUUCCGUUAAUCGGAAUCGUACCGAGAUCACCGAUUUAGUAUCGUGGAAUUUGGAGAAAGGUAUCACUGAAAUAGUUACAGGUUCUCUUUACGAAAGAAGAUAUAAUUUACAGGGUUUGAUUAUGAGAGCUGUUAUAGUUAAGGAUUCACCAUUCAUAAACUUAAAUGAAAAUGGUCAAUUAGAUGGCAUGUUCGGUAGAGUAUUCAAAGAACUUUGUAUGACUCUCAAUUGUAGUUUCGAGAUUGUUUCCGAAAUAAAUGAGUAUGGAAUAUGGAAUUCGGAAGAAAAUACUUGGUCAGGAGCAAUCGGUGAAAUAUAUGAAGGACGUGCUGACAUUUCCCUUUCAGACUUUUCUAUGACCAGUGCAAGAUUGAAUAUCGUUGACUUCACGUUUCCUCUUUUGCUAUCCGAAAACUGUCUAUACAUUCAAGAACCAAAGAAAUUCGCGAUUAAAUGGUCAUCUUAUUUUAUAACUUUCUCUAAAUCCAUUUGGAUUGCUGUUUUUGGAAUAUUAAUUUUUACAUCGGUGUUACUACUUUUGCCCAAAAUAAAAAAUGAAACUGAUCGUAAUAUAGGACAUUUAUUAUCCGAUAACUUUCUGGAAAUUUGGGGUAUAUUUUGUCAACAGGCACUCUCAGAAUUUCCUCAUAGAUAUUCCUUAAGGAUAGCAUACUUCUCUAUAUUUCUUUUGGCUGUGGUCUUAUCGGCAGCUUAUUCUGCAGCUUUGAUAAGCUUUUUAACAUCCGUUAUCCAAACAUUACCUUUUUAUUCGUUAGAGGAUUUCGUUGAAGAUGGUACUUAUCAAUUUUUGGUUGCUCGUGGCACGGCUAAUUAUGAUUUAAUUUCAAAAUCAGCAGAUCCACUUGCAAAGAAAUUAAUGAAGUUAAUGCCAGAAAAGGAAAAGUUGCCAAUAAAUAUAUUGGAAGGAUUUAGAAGUAUUUGUACAAAUCGGAAACAAGCGAUCUAUACGUCCGUCGAAGUAAAAAAGAGUUUAGAUCUUAAAAUACCAUGUAAUGUGGUUGCUAUUAAAACAGGACGAAUAGACAGUUUAUCUAUAAUUUUAUCUAAGCACAAUCCAUUCACCGGUACUAUGAAUUUUCACUUGCAGAAAUUUAUCAACAACGGUAUGAUGAAUCAUUUAAAAGAUACAACAUUUAAAAAGAAUUUCAAUGCUAUCAUGCAGCACCAACCGGUUCCAAUAGUUAAUGUUGUAACACUUCUUUUUCUCAUCUUGAUUGGUGUCAUUUUCAGUGUUUUCAUUCUUAUCAUAGAAAAGUAUAUUUUCGUUUGUAAAAAUAAAAAAUUGUCGAUGGUACAUCGUAUAUCGUCAAUUAAAUCGUUAGAAUUUGAUGGAAAAAUAAAGAAAAAUAUAAAAGAUAUUACAAAUGCAGAUGUAAACACAUAAAUUAUUAACGACAAUGUUCCUUAUCGUUAUCAACGAAUUUUUAUAUUCCGUAUGUAAUGUUUUUGUAUUAUUCAAGACAAUUUUAAAUUUUCAAUAGAAUUUUUUCAAUUAAUAUUGAAAGCAUGGACCUGUGUACGAUAGAUUUUCUGUAUUUGUCGAGUACACGUGUACGCAUAUUUUAAUUUUUUCAAAGCGUAUCGAUUUUUUGUCUUUACACAAAAUAUAAAAUAUGUCUCGUAGUAGAAACAAAAAAAAUGAUAUUCGUCAUUUUUAUGUAUGCGCCGCGAUUUAUUGAAUCGCGAAUUUUUCAAUAAACAUAUUUUCCAAUGUAGAUCAAUCAGAAUUUUGAUCGCACCAGCGUGGUAAAUUUGUCCAUGAUAGAAAUCACGAUGUAUCACCAUCCGAAUAAAUUAUUACAUAUAAUAUAUAUCAUAGAACGAAAUUAUUUAAAAAUUAUGUAUAUAAAUCUCGUUUGAAGUUUAUUUUGCAAUGGAUAAUUUGACGUAAAAUUAAUAUCUUUUUAAAUGAUGUUAUUACGUUCUUAUCGUAUCUAUUCAUAUUGAUUAUAAAUUAAAUUCACAUUAAACGUAUUAUGUAUUUAGCGUUAUUAUAAAAUUUUUAUACUUUGUUAAAUAUAACCAUAAUCGAUUAUAAUAAUUUUCUAGAAUAAGUUCGCGUAUGCGCAUAAGAAAUAAUUACUGUCUAAGGCAUAUGUGAUCUAACGUGUUACGGUUAGAAAUCAUUUUGUCAAGUGCUUGGCCUCGUUUAUAUCGAUUAGAGUGACUAUUUUAUUAUUUUAAUCGAAGUGUAACGUUGUUUUUAAGAUAUUGCAUUUUAUAAUCGUAUGCAACGUAAACGUGUUACGUGUUUAUGUAAUAACAUAAAUACAUAUGUAUAUUGGUGAUUUUAAAAUA